UAUCGACCACCACUAGCUGAAAAAUAUGUAAACAAAACAGUGGGAAAAUUGCAAGAAAAUAGCUGAAAGCCCCACGAAAAACACAACAAAACUGGGUCAAAGCGAUGUGAUACAGUUCCGCAAAGUGUUGGCCAUAAAAUAGAAACCACAGUGUGGACGGAAAACACCUACAGAUACUUUAGUUAACGAAAAAUCCAUAGGAAUCCGAACGCAAAGGCGACUGCAGCAAACUGUUGACCCCGCCGACCCCACCGCCCACCAACCCUAAACACGCCCACCCCCCCGCGAAGUGGGCGCCGUGUGACAUACAUGCGCGUGUGUGUACGCCCCCAAAAACCCAACAAAACCGUACCGAUUCGUCAUCGAUUUACGGCGGAACCAAGCCAAACAAUGCGACUCCGUUGAAAAAUUGGACAAAUUAAAACCAAAAUCUAUAAAAAGCGAGUGCGCGGCCUUGGAGUGGAAAUUGAUUUGUUUACCUGCCCUGAAAAUGCGCAAUUCAUAGGGCUUACGAUAAAAGAAAAUCAGAACGCACCACUCGCACACAACAAAGAGCGAAACCAUUUUGGAGUCCCCGGACCUGAGCCAACCUUGAGCGUUCGGAAUGGAUGAUAAUCUGAGCACCAAGUCCUCGGAAUCCUCGAUAACGACCAGCGGGGAGUACGAAAUAGUCACGGACAGCAAUAUGGCCAGUCCCAUGGAGCAGGUGAAGCAGGUGGUGGUCAACCAGGAGAGGAUCAAGCCGGAGGUGGCGGGCAAGCCACCCACUUCUCUGAGUGCCCUGGCCUUGUCUUCCCCGGAAGCUGGAGGAGAUCGCUCACCCACACUGGACAUGGCCCACAAUCGCAACCUGAGCGACAUGCAGCACGAGAUGACGGACGCCCUGAGGGAUCUGGAGUUGGAACGCGGCGUAGCUGCCGCUGGGGAGAAGAUAGCGCAACGUCUCCCGAGUCACCAGCAAAAGUCCCUAACGCUGCCGCUUACGGGCUCCGGCGGGAGAUCUGCCGAUCCCGAGAUGCGUUUCCCCUGCACCCUGUUCUCGCCCAAGAGCGAGGAGACCCUGGACGAUGCCUCCAGCUCGAACAGAGUGGGUCACUCGGUGUUCUACGACUGCAUAGACGCCAGUCCCGCCUGCGUGGAGGAGAAGCAGGAUGCCAUGAAGCCGGAGAAGGGUGAUACCACCGACGAGGAGGUUUCAGAGAUCGAUCAGGGCUGCACCAUAUUCUCCGGAGUCACCUACCUGGGAGCUGCCAACAUCAAUGCCCCCAAAUCCGAGACGGAGGUCUAUCGCAUCAUGGGUGAACUUAAUAGUGGAUCGAAAUCGGUGGGUCUGAAGAUCACCGUCAGCAUUCCCAACUGCUCCGAUGGCCUGGUGGUCCUCCACGAUGCGGAAAGCAAUACGAUUAUUGCCACCUAUGAGAUAUCCAGCAUAAUCUUGUACUAUCGAGGUCCAGUGGACACCGUGGAGAACGGCUGCUUUGCAUUCACUUGGCUGCACGGCGACGCAUUGUUCCAGUGCCAUGUAUUUCGGUGCCAUAUUCCCGAGGCGGUCAAUCAAGUCAGCGCCUGCUUUCAGAAGGCAUUCCAGACUUAUCCGCCCAGUAUGACUUGCAGCCUCAAUUCGGCCGUCGAGAUGGCCAAUUCGGUAACCUCGGAUUUGAGCGGAAACCCUUUGAAUACGGCCGGGUAUGAGUUCAUAGUGUCAUUGGAGAUUCGCGAGAGGGUGGCGAAGAACUCGUUUGCCGCAGUUCCUCGGGAUAGGGGAUGCUUUAAGCUUAGGGCAAACACAGAUAAGGAGGUGUGCAUCACUGUCAAACAGACUCCGUCGAAUAUUCUUCAACCAUUGCAUAUCGAACGAUGUUUUGGCGUCCUUGUGGCCCCGGGUAAACUGGUGGUUCAAAAGGACAUGCAUCUGAUUGACAUGCACAGCAUGGGCUACGUUGCCCCAGGUGGAGCAGGAGUAGCUACCGAAUCAGACAGCAAUGCGCAACCAAACUCCGCCUGGCCCUAUACCAUCCGUGCCGAGUGGAAAGCUCAGGAGAAGGCCUUUGAGCAGUUGAAUCUUGAGUCGUCCAAGACCAAUCUUACCGUGGCCGUGGACAUUGUGAUGCGGCGCAUCCAAGAACCGGUUAGGUUCGUCAUCGAGACCCCAGUGACCAUUCAGUCGGCCAGUGAAAUGCGUAUUAUGGACCAUUUCAUGUCGAAGCGGCCGAUGACGUUGCGUUUCUAUUUGCACCUUAAGCGCACCGACGAGUCCAACUGGAAAGUCAACAGUAUUGACCCUUCGGAGGAGAUCACGGAGCAGCCGGGCAACCAGCAGAGCUCCUCGCUGCUCAAGAUGGGCAUGAAUAAUCUAUCGCGCAUUGUGCGCAGUUCGUCCAUUGCCUCAAUUGAGGAUGAUUGCCCCUCGGAUUACAGCAGCGAUGGGGAUGAACCGCUGCUUAGCGGCACUGGUGAAGUGUCCAAGGAUUGCUCGCAGGACACACUGGACGAGUGGGAUCCCAUUCUGCGGGAGUGGGACGGCGAGAAGAGGCCGAAGAACUUGGCGCCCUUGGUUCGCCUUGGAGUUCCAGAGGCGCUGCGUGAAAAGAUCUGGCAGAAACUGGCCAAUGUCGAGGGCAAAUUGGAGAUGAAUGACAUGUACAAGAUCCUAAUCACCAAAGAAACCAAAUGUGAGACCGUUAUCCAACGGGAUAUCCAUCGCACUUUCCCGGCGCACAAAUGCUUCAAAGAGACUGGUGGCUCUGGUCAGGACGCUCUUUUCAAGGUGUCCAAGGCGUAUGCGGUUCAUGACAGUGAGGUCGGCUAUUGCCAGGGUCUGAGUUUUAUUGCGGCCAGUCUGCUGCUUCAUAUGCCCGAGGAGGAUGCGUUCUGUGUUCUGGUGGCCCUAAUGUAUGACUACGGGCUGCGCGAUCUCUACAAGGCGGGCUUCGAAGUCCUUUACUUGCGUCUCUACCAACUGGAGCGUUUGAUCAAGGACCAGCUGCCCAAGCUGCACGAGCACUUCACAGCCUGCGGCAUUGAGACGCACAUGUACGCCUCCCAGUGGUUCCUAACCUUGUAUACAGCCCGAUUCCCGCUGUGCUUCGUUUUCCACGUACUGGAUGUUUUCUUGCUGGACGGGCUACCUGUGCUCUUCCAGGUGGCCGUCACCCUGCUGUCAAUCUGCGAAUCGGAUUUACGACAGCUUGAUUUUGAGGGCAUUCUCAAGUAUUUCCGCGUAACGUUGCCAAAGAAGUGCCGCAGCUCCAGUCAGGCACGCAAGGUGAUGAAACAAGCCUGCGAGCGUAAGAUUAAAAAGUUGAAGCAGUACGAGGAGGAGUUCCUGCUGAAAAAGCAACACAAGGAGCGUCUGGAGAAGGAGGCGCAGAUCUAUGAGAACCGCUUCGGCGAGGAGAGGCGCAAGAUGCAGGCCGACAUUGAUGCGCUCAAUAAGCAACUGAUCUCCGCCAAGGAGCGAGCUGUGGAGAAGGAGAAGAAGCACACAGGCAUUAUACAGGAAUACAAACAAAUCAUACAGCGCCAGGAGCAGGACAUGAACACGCUUAGCGAGACUCUGGGCAAAGUGAUGCACAUGGUUUCCAACUGCCGGGAUUGCCAGCAGAAGAUCGACGCCAGCAAUGACAACGCCAAGUCAGAUGGCGGCAACACUAGGCGGCAGACAGAUGCCAUGCGGAAUGCCAAUGAGCACCCACUGGGUCCGCUUGAUCCGCUCAACGCAGCCUCGCAGCGCAUCCGUGAACUGGAGUUGGAGUUGGCCCAGGCAAAACUUGCUCAGGUGGAGGCGGAAUGCAAGAACCAGGACCUUAACCAUCAGCUAAGCAACACGCUCAGUGAACUGCAGACGAACCGCAAUAGCUGGCAGCCUUGGCUAUCGAAGACCUUCAACUCGCUGCAGGAGAAGGUAACAACGCGCGGUGGCCAGCGGGAUAAUGGCAGUGGCGGACCGACGCCCACAUUCCAGUCCUACAUGGGCCAGGCGCCCACGACUCUCAGCGAGGCCAGCUCCCCCAGCGGCAACCAGGAAUACAAGACCUUUGCAUUUGCCUCGGUGGGAGGGUCACCUAAGUUGCCCAGCAAAUUCCAGGCCACCAAGCUGCGAAAUAGCAUCGACAGUCUGCGCAAUAUAGUGGUGCCCCUGGACACGGGCAAAUCCCUCGCAGAGAAUCUCAAACAGCAGUUGCAACAGUAGGAUCCGCGGUCCGGAAAACACACAGAUACAACGUAGGUGGAUCUGGAUAGCAGGCAGACCUACGGCAUUGACUACGCCUUGGUAUUAUUUAUCAUAUUCGUCUAUAUAUACAUAUACAAAUGUGCAUUUUGAUUUCCAUAUAUACGCGAGUAAUAGAUUUUUAUUAUUUUGCACCUUUGAGGCACCCGAAAGUCAGUGCUCGUCAAGAUGUGCCCUUGAUCAGUUGGUGGAUGGGUGUGUAUCUCAGAGGACUUGGGCGGGGAAGCUUUGUUGUUGUUUUAUGACCUGAUGCGGGGCACAGGUUGACUUGCACUGACUAUUGCUACACGUAUAACGCUAUAAAUGAAUAAAGUAACCAA